UUCUCAACUCUUACGUGACGUGUGUUCAGCAGAUGAAAACACGCAGGAACGUUUCCAAAUGGCCUAAUUUCUUGGACAAGUCGCAACAGGACGAGCAGACUGAUCUCUGGCUGCGUAUCUGCGCGCGCGUGUUUUGACAUUCGUGUUGCUCCACCUCCGCCUACAACAGCUGAAGUCGCAGCUGAAUCGCACUGAGGAAGCGCACAGCAGUCCGUGAGGAGCGAGAGACAGAGCGACAGCUGACGAUGGCGGAGAAUAAGAUGGGCCCGAACCUCCAGGCUGGAGCCGGAAUCUUUGCGAAACGGGUCCAGAAGUCCUUGAAUCGAGCCCAGGAGAAGGUCCUUCAGAAACUGGGCAAAACUAUGGAAACCAAAGAUGAGCAGUUUGAGCUCUGUUCCCAGAACCUCAACAAACAGCAGAUUGACGGAAGCAGGUUGUUUAAAGAUGUCAAAGCCUACUAUGCAGCAGUGAAAGGCAUCCAUGAAACAUCUAAGCGGCUAUCCCAGACACUGAGAGACAUCUAUGAAUCAGACUGGGAUGGAGUGAAAGAUCUCGCUGUUAUAACAGAAAGUGAAGACUUGCUGUGGAACGACUAUGAAGAGAAGAUAAAUGACCAGCUUGUCCGCACCAUGGAGAACUAUACAAGCCAGUUUCCUGAAGUCAAGGAACGAGUUGCCAAGCGGGGACGGAAACUGGUGGACUAUGACUCAGCACGACACCACCUGGAAGCGCUGCAGGGUGCAAAGAAAAAGGAUGAAGCUAAAAUAGCCAAGGCAGAAGAGGAAUUCAACAAAGCUCAGAAUGUCUUUGAAGAAAUAAAUAACGAGCUGCGCGAGGAGCUGCCUGUUCUCUAUCAGAGUCGGAUAGGUUGCUAUGUGACGGUCUUCGAAAACAUUUCCAACCUGAGGGAUGUUUUCUAUAAAGAAAUGAGCGGGUUGAACCGUGAGCUGUACAAUGUGAUGAAGAAACUGGAGACUCAACACUCGGGCAAAGCUUUCAUCAUCAAGGGCCUGAACAGCACAAGCAGCAAGUCAAAGAAGAGAAAAUCCCUGGUUAUAUCCAAUCCCAUACCCUGCAACACCGCUUUCCCAGCUGACCACGUCUCCGUGCAUUCCCAAAACGGCAAAGAUGCUGCACCCUCUUCCCCUGUCCCAAAGACUCAAAGCAUUGCUGAAGAAAGCAUCCCAGCAGAAGAGAGCAGUGUCCCUUCGAAAAGUGUUAGCUCAUCAGAUUCCGAUCUAAGCUCAAGUGGCACCGGCUCACCCAAGAGGCAGUCGCUAUGUGACAAUGACAACAGCGACAGGAGCGACACGAGCAGUCAAAAUCCAGAGGCAGCAGCUGCGUGGGAGCCCGCUGAAAGCCAGGCGGAAGACGGCAAGGAGGGAGAACCAAAGUCAGAGGCAGCAGCAAGCCAGGAGGUCACUGAUCCCUCGGAUUCUGCUGGUGGCGAUGCCCCACAUGAGGAGGCCGAGAGCGAUCCAACAUCAGAGGAAGCCAGUACCAAACCAGCACCAGUUCCAGCCCCUCGUGUAUCCUUCCGCUCCAAUGAAAGCCCCCUCUUACCUGCUAAGGAGCAGGAGGAUUUGGACGAAGGGUUAGAGUCAGGAGAUGAAUCGGGUUCCUCCAGUCCACCAGGCUUCCUCUAUAAGGGGGUGGCACUAGAGAGCCACGCAGCAUCUGAAGAAGGCCUGCUCCAGUUUGAAGAGGGAGACGUCAUCAUGGUUCUUGCUGACACUCAACAGGAGGAAGGUGUGGUGAGGGGGGUCAGGGAGCAGAGCUGGAACGAGCACCAGGAUCUAGAAAAUCACUCCGGGAUCUUCUCGGAAAAACUUAUCCGACCCAUUAAAGAAGAGUGAGGCAAUAGUCACUGCUCGGUCUGUAAUCGGUUUCUUCUUCCAUCAGGCACUUCUGGUGACUCACAUGCACACACACAGCCUCACACACACACACACACACACACACACACACACACACACACACACACACACACACACACUGAGAGGGAGUGAACCCAUAUGUUAUGGGUGCAGAAGUUGUCCAAACAAAUGAGCACAAUUCCCACGUGGUUUCCCUCAUGCUAUGAUGUUGCAACUUGUGGAACAAAAGCGAAUGAGCUGAAGAACAUUUUGUAAAAGACAUUUGGAAAUCUUAAGGCAUUUUCUGUGAAAAAAAUGUUAUUAUCCUGUGUAAUGUUUCCUAAUAAAGUUGUAAGAAAAAAAAAAAAUUGUUGUUCUGAUGUAAGAUUUUGACAAAGUAGGUUUUGUUUGCUGUAUGUUGUAAAUAAAGCAUAAUGUCGCUGCAGGGCCGUUGAUAAACAGCCUGAGCUCAAGGAAAAA